GGCUUCGGUUUCAAGCUAGAAAUAGCUUUAUACGUAGCUUUUUCGUCAUGUUUCUUAAUUUAAAAAUAUGUGGUCGAAAUUAAUCAGCUUUGUCAGUCACUAUAUAGGAAAGGCAUGGUUUUUACCACAGAGGACUGUGGUUUCUACGAAGAUACAAGCAUUCAACCAGUUUCAUCUUUUUUCUAAUGCUUUAGACAUUUCAUUUUUCUGAAUAACGAUAUUAAUAUCCAAUACCACUGAAACAGCUGGAUAACACAAUGAACUAAAUUUUCUGUAUCAAAGCAAUGAAAUAAGAGGUAAUUACAAAUAUAAUGAAAAGUAUAAUGAAAUAAGAGGUAAUUAUAAAUAUAUAAUAUUUACAAAAUCAGCAUCUUCGUCUGUUAAUUUUAGUAUCCAAUACAGUAGUGGAAACAUAGAAAUAAAAUUCCAUAAACAUUGGAAUAAAUAGAGAUUACAGAGACAGCCUAAUGAUUAACCUCCUAAGAUAAUGUGCAUGAUAAGAAAGUUUUAUAAAAUUCAUAAAAUGUAUAACAACAAUAAUUUUUUGUUUCUCUUUAAAGAAAAAGAGAAAAAAAAUCUUGUUAAAGAAAAGCAUAACGUUUCUAGAAAAUUCGUUAAUAUAUUUCGAUAUUAACACAUGUGAGAAAACGCGCAGUCGCAGAAGAAAGUAGAGAGUACUAUACUCUGCCGACAAGGGAAUGGGUUGCAGUGUUGCGUAGUAGGAAGAUUGUUUUAUUGGUAGCAGGAUUUGUUUUUUAAUCUUAUGAGAGGAAUCAGUACGAUGAUGAGUGACACCGGUUCACGUAUCUACGUGCACUGUGUGAGCACAUUAAUGGAAAAUGUCAGGACUAAGUGUACGAGCGGUGAUAAUGAAUUGUGAUCCUAGUAGUUGUCCUCGUUUGACAAAAGAAUCCUUGUCGAGUGUCCGUCUCUUUCCUGGUCGUUUACGUUGGUACUCGGUAAUACCGGUCUAUCGAUACGGUCAACCGUGGAAUGGCAGCAGCCUUAAAAAAGAAUCAUUCACGCAGAAGGUUGGCCGCCCUAACAUUUCUUUCGAAUAUUUCUCUCGAUGGCAGCCACCGCGAUACCAAAUUAGCUGUUCUAUCGCGGAAUAGUGUUGCUCAUGCACGUACCCUGAGUGAUAGUCAGGCUCAUCAGGUUGAAGUUCGUCAGGCUGAUUUGACUGUUUCUACUGAAGAAGUUGUCGAUGACUCUACAGAAGAGCAUUUAAUAUCCUCAUCCGCAAAGCAAACAAGUUCUCCGCAAUUAGUGCCAAAAAGUGGUGAACACAAUUCAUUUAGUUCAAAUUCUGACGGGAUACUGACCCCUGCAAAAGCAGCAGUGGCUGUAUUCCUAGAACAAGAAAGAAAUUAUCCACAGCUUUCUACUGGAUUUCAUAGUUCAUUCAGAGAACGUACUGGCACAACUGGCAGUGAAUAUUCUUUACCUGAAAGGCGAGUUGGUUCUUUACAAUAUAAAAAGCGUAUAACUCAUCAAACAUCAACUCUUUCGGAAGAUAUAAAGCAUCAAUAUAACAGUUCCAAUGAAAGUAUUGGUUCUUUACGUUCAAAACCACAAUCCUCAAAAUCAAAAUUAAAGACAUCAAAUAAUAUACAAUCUGGUUCUGCAAAUAGUGGCAUAAUACCAGAAGUUACAAGAGAAUUGCGUUUAAUGCAACGACCUGUAAAUGGUUAUAAGUUUGGAGAUGAUAGAUUGGUUUUGGUUUCUAAUAAACGUGUGCCAUUUCUAGUAUUUUCUGCUCUUCCAUAUAAUAAAGGACAAAGAUCUAGUUGGUCUGAAUUGCGUAAAGAUACAGGACGAAGAAAAAAUAUAUCUUCACAGAGACCAUUAUCAGCAAUUAAUGAUAAUAUUGACCCUUUUGGUUUAUUGGGAAUAGAGCGUGCUAAAGACGGCCAGGAAAUAUCUUAUGGGCAGUUGCUUGUCCCAUCUAGACAGUUUCAAAAGGACAAAAAGUUACAUUUUAGUGAUAAUGAGGCAAUAGAACUUAUACCUAACAAACAUCCUGUAGUUUCAAGGACAAAAACUAUUACAUGGAAUGUGGAUCACUCUAAAUGGUGUCUAUCUUAUGAUACAGCUACAUAUCGUACUCAGCAUUUAACGCCCGAAUCUCCACCACUAUCUUUUAAUACUGAUUCUAAAGCUUAUGAUUGGGAUGAGCAAUCAUUACAAUACAAUCCUAAUUUAUUGGAUGAUCCGGAACUCAUAGCUGGAAAGCAUAGAACACUGCUUACAUUUACAUCAUACAUGGCAUCAGUUAUUGAUUAUGUAAGACCAUCUGACUUAAAAAAAGAAUUGAAUGACAAAUUUAAGGAAAAAUUUCCACAUAUACAACUUACCUUGAGUAAAUUAAGAAGUUUAAAACGAGAAAUGAGGAAAAUAGCAAAAAUGGAAUAUGGUAUUGAUCUCCUAACAGUAGCAAUGGCUUAUGUAUACUUUGAAAAACUUAUUCUUCGAAAUGUUGUUACGAAACAAACGCGGAAAUUAUGUGCUGGUGCAUGUUUGCUCCUUGCAGCAAAAUUGAAUGAUGUUAAGGGUGAUGUCCUCAAAUCAUUAAUAGAGUUUUAUGCGAUUUACAGAGAAUUGAAAGUGUAUUUCGUCUAAACCGCAAGGAUUUAAUUACAUCAGAAUUUGCUGUUUUGGUGGCCUUAGAAUUUGGUUUACAUCUUCCAACAUGGGAGAUAUUUCCACAUUAUCAGAGAUUAAUAUAUGAAUCUUGACCUUCUUUCACGACAUUUUUCUUACGUAGGCCCAGAACAUUUUCUUCAUAAAGUUAAAAUUUCCGAAACAAUUAUGAAAAGUACAAUACAUAGAGUUUUUUUUUUAUAUAAUAACGUACAAAAUUAUAAGUAAAAGGGAAUAAGAAUUUAAAAGUGAAUAGAUACACUAUGGUUACUAACUAAUUUGUUAUUCUGUAAUAUUGUAAAAAAAUAAUAUGUUGGUAACAAUUAUAAACAGCUUGAUAGGCAUGAAUAAUUACAGAAGGGAUAUUACAAAAUAUUUCAUUUUUUCUUAAUAUGACUAUUUACAAUAAGUGGGCUUUAAUAAUAUGAAGCUCUUAUAUGAUAAAGUUGUUUAAUACUUCGUAAAUUUAUAAACAUGCGUAUUUGUAAUUAGAGUAAUUGUACGAAAUGGCGGAAAUUGCUGUAUUGUGGAUUAUUAUGCGUAACAAGCUGUAAGAAUUAUAAAUAACAGUGUAUACUUUUGAAACAUUGUAAACACUUAAUUAUGUUCAAAUCUUUUAAGUACUUAUAUAAUUUUUAAUUUGUUUUUAAUGGUCAAAAAAUUACGUUGUGUAUAGUACUUAGUGUAGUUAAUAAUUCCUUUCUGAGACACAAUAACUUAUACACAAAGUUGAUGUUAAUUAUACAAAGUGGUAGGUAAUCUGACAAACUUAUAAAGAGGAAACAACAAAUGCUAAGUUUAGAGUCAAUAGAGUACUUUUAAAUCUUAGAGACAUCAGUUAUAGUGAUUUAAUCAUAUAAAUGUAAAUGCUUCUUCCAAUUUUUAUAAUGUAUGAAUGAAAUUAUGUUUCCAAAGCUUUUAGAGUUCUAAGGUUUACUAUAGAUAUCAAAAAAAAGAUUUUCAUGCUUUAAAAAAGUUGCAUACAAAUUUUAUUGUUUCAUGAAAAGUUUAUUUUAAAACAUAUGUAUUUAAACAUUUAAAGAUUUUAUUUAAAUAUUACAAAAUUUUAUUGUUGUUUUAAAUUGCUUUUAGUUUUGUAAUUCUUUUAACAUAUGAUAAAUAUCUAAUUAUAGAGUCAUUAUUUACUGGAAAAAGAUAAUUAUUAAACAUCCAAUUAUAAAAAUUAAUAUUAUCGAAGAGUAGAAAAAUUAUAGAUGAAACUACCAAUGAAGUAUUUUGUUUUAAAUGUAAUGAAAAUAUUUACGAAUUUCUUUUUUCUUAUUAUUCAUUAUUUUAAUUGCUUUUGCAGCAAACUUGUGAUGUUUUAAAAUGAUAAAUCCCAAACAGUGUCUUAUUUUUUUGUGUUUGUUGGCUAUUAAUAGGAUGAAUAUAAGAGAAAUUGGCAAAUAUAUUAUAUAUUAUUAAUUAAUAUAUUGUAUAUUAUAUAUAUAUAUUAUUAGAUAUUUGACAUAAGUGGAAUCUUCUUUGAAUGAAAAUUCAAUCGUUUUUUCUUCUUGCUUUCCCCCUUUUUUUUAAUCUAGUCAAACCAUUUCACAAUUCAGUUUAAUUGAUUCUGUUUAUAGCCUUUAGAGUGGUUCAUUUUUAUGAAUUAAAGUUGGCACAGAAAAUGAUUGUACAAUAUUAAGUAAUAAUAAAUUAUUACUUACUGCAUGUGCUUAAAGUGCUAAUUUUUGCAAUUAUGAAUAACAUUUUGCCAAAAUAAUAAAGUUACAAUCAUUUUCCUAAUUCAAUUAUAUCUUACAACCUUUUCAAAGCAUUUGAAAUAUAUGAGAUUGUAUCUAUAAUUUAAAUUCAUGUAAAUUAUAAUAUUGAGAAGUAUGCACACUAAUAAUAUAUAUGUUGCUACUUGCUUGAUUAAACAAAUUACAAAAACCAUAUUAUAAAUUAUUCAAAAUUCGUAUGAUGUAUAUCAAUAUUAUCAAGUAUUCCUUAAAAUUUAAAGUAAAACAUCAGAGAGAUGCUACAAUAAAUCCCUUUGCAUAUUUGCUAUAAUCGUACUUUGCAAAUUUUCAGAGAAAUAUUUUGUUAUAAAAUUAACUUUACUCAGAUCUUCUUUUAUGUUAGGUUUCAUUUGCAUACAUAAAGAAGCACCAAAGUAUUUCAGUUCUUUAAAUACUGUUUUCACAACAAAAUUUUAUUGUGCAUGCUUUAUCAUACAAUUUUAUUUGUAAAUUUAAAUUUUGAAAUACGUGUGAGCAUUAAAUAAUAUGAAAAGGGUACUUUUAUAAAAUAUGUAGGAAUUGUCGGCAGUAUUUAUAAUGUUUUUUAUAUUGAUGUCAUAUCUUUAUAUUAACUUAAUAGAGAUUGUGUAUAAAAUUAUUGUGUAUAAAAAUUUCUAUUUUAAUAUAUCUUUAGUUUUAUUCGUUGAUUAAUCUGUAUUGAAUAGUAAAUAUUUUUUUAUUGUUAUAAAUAAUACAAUAAUUGUUAUAGUAUAAAAAAAUAACGAGCGUGAAGAAAGCCUUAAAAGUUUUUAUUUUUUAUGUUAAUAAUAUUUAAGACAGGUUUUAACUGUAUUAUUUCAAGAAAUUGUUAUUACGCGUAAAAAUAUACGCUCAAAUUAAAAGAAAAUUGUUAAACAAAAUUUUUUUGCAUGUAUUUCUUUCAGUUUACGUAUGCAACUGAAUGCCAGUAAUAUAUAAUUCAAAUCAGUACAUAUCUUAAAUUUUCAUAAUUUUCAUAAAUCUAUAGUGUUCAUCCUAUAUUAAUUACAUAACAUAAUUUUUUUUAGAAAUUACAAGAAAUUGCAGAAAAUUUCAUAUAAAUACUGCUUUUUAUCGAAGGAGGUUUAUUUGUACAAAAAACAUAAAGAUUAAAUGUUAAAUUGUCGUAUGUAUAUAUUUUCAUUGUACAUAAAAAGUUAUGUGUACAAACUACAUUUUUGUAAUGCUAUUGCUGUUAAAUUAUAAUUAUCGUAAUAUCGAAUUUCCGUAUUGUGUUUUAGUAGACUUUUCGGAUAUCAAUUCACAGGAUUUAAUCAUUGUAAGGACAUUUUACUGGCAAGGAUUAUAUACUCUUGAUCUUCAGGAUUUAUCUUUUAAUGUUAACUCUAAACAUUUAUAGUAUCAUUGAUUAUUAUUUUUAAUGACUAUCAUGGAAAUAGUAAAUUAUUAUCCUUGUCUGUAACAAUAAAGCAAUGAUUGUGAUUUUCAUUACGAACCAAUAUAUUUAGUGAGAUUUAGUAAUUAGGUUAUAGAUGUAGGUAUACAUAUAUUAUACAUAUUAUAUAUAUUUCACAGUCAUUAUAAUAAUUUCAUAAUUAUAAUAAUUUCACAGUCAAAGUGGACUAGGCCCACAACUCUUUAUUUCUAGUUUGAAUUAAAGUUAUUCGGGUAUCAUUGAGCAUAGUUUCAAGUUUGUGCCAUUAUUAAUUAUUUACUUUACAUAACUUUAUUUAAAUUGAGGAACAAUUAUAAAUAUUCGCCUUUGUUCAAUUUGCUUUCAUUCUCGACUAAUUUGAGUAAAAAUAUUCGACAUGUGUUGUAUAUAAUUCUUAACAUUAGACUAAGUGUUGUAGUUUUAUAAUAUCAUAAAAUAUCAUGUUCAGGGUAAUUCGAUUGAAAUCAUUGAAGAUCCUUUGACUGUUUGUUAUUCGAUACUUUCAAGCUGGUUCUCCCAAAGUUAGUUGAAACGAACAUAGUCUACUACAAUUGUGAACUUCCGCAUUAAUACAUCAAAUAUUGUACAUACCUAUUAUUGUACGUACUUAUGUAUCUCAUACAUGUCCUGUGUGUGCGUGCUCACGUGAAUAUUUAUUUAUACUUGUACAGAGUGAUAGCAUUAAGACUGAAAACAUAACGAAACCAGUUUUCAGUUUCCUCUUUCGAUUUUUCUUAAUCAGCGUGAAAAACUCCCAUGAUGUAAUAAUUAGCCGGUAGAAUUAUGAAUGGAAAUCUAGAAGAUGACGGACUUUGAUACGACAUAUAUUUACAAAUGACGAUUUGGUAGACAAUGAAUUAAGAUUUGACCAAUGGAUCAACGAUUUCAAAAGUAUCUGUUCAUUAGAGAUUUACACACACACAACCUAUUUACGCAAAGUAGUCCUUUACGUUAUGUGAUGUAGUUUUUAUUUACGUAAUACUAAAACAAGUAUUCGUAUUAACGUUUAAUUUAUUACAGUUGCAUAUGAUCAUUCUCAAUAUGCUACAUCAAAAUGCUUUGUGAGAUCGCGAAUAUAAUGCUGUGAUUACUUAAAGAGGAAAUCGAUCGAAUCUCAGUCGCUCACAAAUUUAAAAUGGUCUUUUCAUCUCGAUUUCAUACUAUAAUCAACAUUGCUCUUUGUGAACUAUUUCAGUGACAGUUUUUGGUAAGCGCGACAUGUGAAAUUUCUUUAUAAAAUCAUUUUCUUUCCACGGCAAGCAUAGGUAAGAUAAAAAUGAAUGUAUAAAAAAUAUUUAAGUCGUGUAACGCAAAUUAUGCUUAUCACAUUUCGAUUAGCUGUUUUUACUAAUUCAUUGAAGAAGUUAUUGGAAAUAACAUCUGAAUUGUAUGCACUCACGGUACGAGUCAAUUGCAAGAUACUUUAUCACAUUAGAAUAUAGUAUCAUAGGAUGUUGUAAACAGCGAUUGAUAGUUUGUGUACGACUCUUUUAAGAUAAGUUGGAUAACGAAUGUAUAAAUACAAAUAAAAUUUAAAGAAAGAUAUUUAAAA